GUCAGUUUCCACUCCGCUAUCAUGCAUAUACAUACUCUUUUUCUUCAAAAGAAGUGAGAAAAUAUACUCAAGUAACGCUGUCAGUCUAACCUAUAAAAUAUACGCAAUAGAAACAAAAGCUUGUUGACAAUAAGUGCAAUUUAUUUUCAUUAAAAAAUACCGUAACAAUAAGAGCAAGUUUUAUUUGAAAUAAAUCACAAAUAUAACAACAUGGUAGUUACUCAAACAAUGCCUUCGAGUCUCGGUGAAAUGAUAACUUACAACAAACAAAAUAAAAAUGUUUACGGAGUGCGCAUACCCGGUGAUAUGAGUUAUGAUUAUUUACGCCGUGAAAUAAUGUUUGGAACAAUUCCUGUGAACACAAUUGUCCAAAUUGGAUACAUCGAUUAUUACAAUAUUUAUGCUCCGUUAUUAUACGAUUGUAAUAAUUUUUUCAAGGUCACGGGAAACGAUAAUGAUAAUGAUGAUGAUUACGACGAUUUUGAUGAUUACGAAUACGAGCUUGACAACUUGAGUGCUGCUAGUCCUCUUGCCAAUAUGACCAUAAGUGUCAAUAUUGGUGGAAAUUCAUCAAGUCAAACGAUUACAGGAGGUUAUUCACUAGUACCAAUGGUCGUUAACAGUGCUCCAGCAAGUCAGAUAAUUGUUAAUAGUUCUUUAGAAAGUCAGUUAAGCUUUAGUUUUGGUGGAAACCUAGCCAGUCAAGUUAGCAUCGGUGGUAAUCAAGCUGGCCAAUUGAAUCCUAUUGACAAUGAUAUUAUCCAAGAGAUGGGUGGCUUCAAAAGCUUAACAGUCUUCCAUGUUGCUAUGCUGCUAAAUGACGAUGAACUGUUGGAAUUUCUCUUUGACAAUAAAGAAAACAUAUUGAAGUCAACAAAUGAUUGUGGACCGAUCAUCUUCCUGGCGAUUGUUAUGAAGAAGCUGGACUACGUAAAAAGAAUCCUUGAUUCUGGGUUCUUGCUAGACUACCGUGCUAAGGUGCCAGAGCUGUCAUUACAUUCCAAUAAUUCAGCACUAGAAGUUGCUGUAAGCUUCAAUGACUACAAGAUGAUCGAAUUUCUGAUAAGCCAGGGAGCUGAAGUCAACGUCACUGAACCAAAUGCACUCAGCUCACCAAUACAAAUUGCAGCUAGAAGAGAUGACGUUAAAAUGAUGAAGUUCCUGAUAGAACAAGGCGCUGUUGUCAAUGAAAACGUGCUCAAAAUCGCUUCUAAGUCUGGUAUGAAUCUGAAAGCUAUCAAGUUUUUGUUGAACAACCCUGCAGUGAAACUAACUUCUGGAGGAAAUGAUAAAAGCCCUAGUAAGCCUAGUCUUCCUGGUUUUAGUAGUUUUUAUACACAUAAAAACUCGAUUCUUUUUUGGCCACUGAUUUAUGGCUACAAGCAGAUGCUUGCUUGUUUUUUAAACGCUGGUGCUGAUGUCAAUGUCGUCGGUAAGGAUGGGAAAAUGGUCUACGAAGCUCAUGCAUCUCAUAAAGGUUGUGUUGAGAUGGUCAAGGAACACUUGGUCAAGUUAAUAGCAGCUGAUCUUGAAGUUUGUGACAGAAACAGGAAAAAUGUAAAGGGUGAAGAGUAUGCAUUGUUCCUUGUAAAGUGUCAAAAGGAAGUUAAGGUUAUGAAAAAUAUUCCUGUUAGUGGGACUGAUUUAACCUGCUAUGACUUGCUGCGAAAAGAAGAAGAUGAGCUAACUGUCUGCUUAAAGCAUUUUGACAACUGCAUUGUAUUAGAAAAUAACUUGAUCAAGAUUUUUCCGCUCUACGGAAGGAUGCUUGCCAGUCGCUUAAAAAGAUGUACGAUUCAGUCUACUUAGAUAAGCAGUUACCAUAUUAUUAAUAUUAAACUUUCUUGUAAUAAUAUUGAAAUCAAAUUUUGAAGUUCUAUUUCUUAUUUUGAAUUAAGAUUCUAAAGAAACUUAUUUUGUUUUGUAAAAGUGUAUUCAAAUUAAAGUUCUUGAGAAUUGUUUUGGAAUUUUUGAAAAUUAAUAAAAUAUUUUUUGGAUAAAAGUC